GUCAGUGGUACUGGUGCGGCGCGGGGGAGUGUUGCGGCGCGGGCGCGGGCGCGGGCGCGGGCUCGUGGUGCGGCGCGGGCGAGGCGCGCGUGGCGCCGGCGCGGGAGCGCGCGCUCGACCAGCUGCUGCACGCGCUGGCUGACGCGCUGCGGGACGGGAAGAUAUCUGACAUCGCGACGUCGAGUGUAAUGGAGCUCUACGGAUACAAGAUGACCUGUCUGGAACAGAGACUGCAUUCACACACGGUCGCUUUGCAGGGUGCGAGCGAACACAUGGCGUCCCUUCAGCACGCACUCGCGAUGCUGCAGGCGACCAACUCCUCACAGCAAGACGUUUUAUACUCCACUCAGAUGCAGAGUGAAAGACAUAAAAAGACGAUAGAAGAACAACACAAGCAAUUGGAAGAUGCCGAAACGACUUUACGUGGGUUUCGAGCGAAACUGGCGGCGGAGAGGCUCGACAAGGAGAACCAGAAGGAGAAUUUACACAAAGAGUUUAGGGCGCAACUGACUAAUAUUGAGAACGAAAUGAAAGCGCGCGAAAAAGAGGCGGAGGAGAGAUUGCGAGUCGCGGAAGCUGAAAAUAAAGCGCUACAAAAGAAAUUAGAACAACAGUUUUCGAUUUCCAAACAAGCAAAAAACAGCGAGCUGGCGGGCGUUCUGAUAAAGUUCGAGGAGCGAGUGAAGCAACGCGACAAGAGGCUAGAGGAGGCCGCCGCCGCAGAACACGCGCUGCGCAGGGAGAUAGAACACAGGGACACG